GAGGACAAGUGAUGCAUCCCUUCUUCUCUACAAUCCUCUAAUAUCCAUAUAUAAGCGUACACACUGUUGGCGUAACAUGCAACCAAAUACAUAGAAACUGAGACUUCAAUUCUCCAUGUCUAGAAAGAAAAUGAAGCUUGCCUACAUUACCAAUGAUUCAAAAAGGAAAACUACCUACAAGAAAAGAACCAAGGGUUUGGUGAAGAAGGUGCAUGAACUCACUACCCUUUGUGGGAUUGAGGCUUAUGCUAUUAUCCACUCUCCUGAUUUCGACUCUCAACCAGAGGUAUGGCCAUCCCACGUGGAUGCCCGAAGGUUGCUUUCCGAGUUCAAGAAGUUGCCCGAGUCGAUACGAAACAAUAAGAUGGUUAACCAAGAGAGUUUCCUCGAGCAAAGCAUAGCCAAAGCUAAUCAGCAGCUCUGGAAACUAUGCAAGGAGAACCGCCAGAAAGAGUUGAAAAAAGUCAUGUUCGAAAGCUUGAGUGGAAAAGGGAUAUUUCAAAGUUUGAAUGCGAUGGACUUGAAUGAGGUAGGUUUGUUGGUUAAUCAAAACUUGAAGGAUAUUGAAAAUAGAGUUCGUGUGCUUACUAAAGCGUCUCGUUCCUAAGGAUGUUAUUUGCAGUGCUCUCUAGAUCUAGUGCCUUCUUUUUCUUGGGAUAUAUAGGUGUAUCAAAUUCAAUUUUUGCUUGUGUUAUGUCGACCAAAUAUUGUAGUCGUUUACCUUUUGAAUUUAAUAUGGUUCAAUAAAUUACAUAGAAUUUGAAUAUUUUAUGUGGCUAUCGUCUUUGUAGUAAUCGAAAUAUAUCAUUUCCCCCAU